UGGGGUCUUGGUAGAUGAUAGUGAAAGAGGUUUUGACCAGAUUUCACGUGAAUAGUUUACCUCACCCGAUCUAGGUCAGAACAGAAAAUAAAUCCGUUGAUUUUUCCUCGGCAACAAUUUUCAGGGAAAUCGCAAGGGUUCCUCCCGCUACUCUGACCGGCAACUCCAUCAAAUACUUUCUCACUCAAACAACUGAAACAGGAAGCUGAAGCAAGAAGGAUUAACAAAAUGGAUAAAUUUGAUAAGCUCAAACUGGCGUCAUCGUCUCUGGGAGAGAGACUGAAGACCGGAGGGGCCCAAAUGAGCCGGAUGCUAAGCACCAAAGUGAAGGAGAUGCUACAAGCACCGACACCAGAGUCGAAGAUGGUGGAUGAAGCGACGUUAGAGACGAUGGAGGAGGCCAACUGGGGGCUGAAUCUCCGGAUUUGCGCGAUGAUCAGCAGCGAGGAGUUCAACGGCACCGAGGUCGUCAAGGCCAUCAAGAGGAAGCUGCAGCAGGGGAAGAGCGUGGUGAGUCAGAGAUUGAGCCUGGAUUUGCUCGAGGCAUGCACUUCCAAUUGCGAGAAAGUCUUCUCCGAGGUGGCGUCUGAGAAAGUUCUGGAUGAUAUGAUGCAGAUGAUUGAUGAUCCGAAGUCUGACCAUGGGAAUCGGGUCCGGGCUAUCCAAUUGGUCAGCGCUUGGGGUGAGUCUGAAGAUCUCAAUUACUUGCCCGUGUUUCGUCAAACUUAUAUGAACUUGAAGACAAGGAUACCUCCAGAAAUUCAAGAUGGGAACGCUUCCUCUAUGCAAUACCCUUUGGAGUCUUACAUCAAUCAGCAGCCAAUAUCAGCACCUGAAAAUUACCCUUUUCCUGACACAGGGAAUCAAGAGCACAAUGGUUCUCAUACUUAUGGUGGUGGGUCUGUUGAAGAAAAGAGGGAAUUCCUUGUGAUUGCACGAAACAAUCUGGAUAUCUUUUGUAGCAUACUGAACUCUGAAGUAGAACCCAAACCGAUCAAGGAAGAUUUGGCAGUAAGCAUUCUGGAAAAUUGCAAGCAGUCCCUUGCUGUUACUAAGAGGAUCAUAGAAAACACUUCCGAUGAUGAGGGUAUGCUGUUUGAAGCUCUGAAUCUUCAUGAUGAAAUUCAGAAAGCGAUUUCCAGAUAUGCAGAAAUGAAAGCAGUCCUAGAUUCACAUGGGGGGUUGACUAAGACAACUGAUGCUGGAAGUGAACAAGUGACUAAGGAUGCAUUGGAUUCAGGGAGUGAUGUUGGAAGAGGAGUGGCUAGUGAUGUUAAUGUCAAAGAAGCUACAAACACUACCCAUGGAGUAGAUUCCUCACAAGAAGAUAGCUCCAGCCAUGAAGCUGCUAAGCCAGAUUGUCCAGGGAAUAAUAAGGUUUAAUGGUGGCAAACUCACUCUGAUUGGGUUGUCUAGAACUCUAGAAGUUAGUUGAUGAAGGUGCUAGCUUUAGGAAGGGGGGAAACUGCGUUAAAUAGCUCUAGUCAAAUAAUUUUUGGGUUUGUAAUUACUAAAUACUCCGUAACUAACAGGGAUAUGGGACUUAUGUGUACUGUGACAAAGAAAACUUAUUUUCUUCUGAAUUCCUCCCUGGCACAACAUUGGAGUUCGGACACCACAUAUAUAUUACGGACUUACGGAGUAUACAUACAAUAGACCGUACGGAUUUCGGUUGCCGCAAACUUUUCAAUUUUGCAAUGUUGAGUAAGGUGAUGCUAUCUUUACUUAUA